AUGGCCGACGCGUCGUUUUUCUAUGCUUAGCAAAUCCACACAAUCCUGCCGUACGGCGCAAGCUCUCCAGUUUCAGGAAGCGCGGAUUGAAAGGGUACUCUUCCCCCGCUUUGCUGGAUGUGUUGGUAUCUCUGCAGUCGCUCGGUUCCAGCGUGUCCAGGGCUGGCGAUUCGAUUCGAAUAAAUGAAAAAUGCAGACCCGGGGUAUUUUCAUAAUCUUCUAGUACGUGGACCGACAACCACCUGGCAGGAUACACACACACAGAGAGAAAACCCGAUCUGCUAAGGAUAUGGGAGGUGACAAAAUGUGAUUCAGUUUCACUAAUCUUUCUGUAUGUAUGUACUGCUAAGUGGCGUGGUCGAGAUGAAUGAAGCAGCAACUUCUAUAAAGAACUGCGUUCUGGGGCAGAGUGAGGCGAGUACACCACCACUGCAUUGCCAAUUAGAAGGGAUUUGACUGGCAUUUGGGAUUGGCAUUUUCCGAAAAGCGGUGUUAUACCUACAUUUAUAUAUUCCAAACUUUGACUUUUGCUUUGCCAACCUCGUAGCAAGAAGAACAUCCCUAGCACGGGUCUUCACAGCAGACACGGGGACCAAUCUGUUUUCUUAACAUAUCGGCUGAAGACAAGCAAGCACCCGGGUUUUCUGUAUACUUACUAAUUCUGACGGAGGCUUUCACAGUAUCUUAAUAACGCGCUUUUAGUAAUUUGUGGGGGAAAACAUAUCCCGGACUGAUAAAGCCACGCUGCGAAUUGAAGACGCUGUGAUGUUAAUUACAGUGGCUGAGGAAAGAGCUAACGAACGAAACGUCCAAUACUACAGCCGUAUCACUGCAGAUGCUGAGCCACUCAAAUAUACUGAUCUUAACAUUGUGAAGGCAUUUAUAUUAUAAUAGCGGACUCCUACACACGCACCCCGCUGUGUUCCGGGGCUCGCAUACAGUGAACCCUUUACAAAUAAGCCUUUGUGUUUAGCACGGGGUGAUCGAAAUCCUCUAUCAAGACAUGAAGAACUCUGAACUGCAGCAGAAGAGGAAAUUGUCAAAUCCGGACCGAGAUGAACACAGGAGGGCGAAAAAAGACGAGAAGGAUGCGAAGGAGUUUGCACCCCCGGCCCCCUUGCUCUUCAGGAAGCUCAGUAACCCCGACCUCUCGCCCUCCGCUGGAAAGGUGAAGCUGCAGAGGCAGCUGAGCCAGGAUGACGGCCGACCUCGCCGGAGCAGUCUGGCCAGCUCCCUGACAGGGAAGCAGCUCCUCCCCCUGUCCAGCAGCAUGCACAGUGGAGUGAGCCAGUUGGCAUGGCAACAGCCAGGAGAGCCCACCAACCUGGUCCGGAUGAGGAACCAGACCCUGGGGCAGUCUGCACCGUCUCUCACCGGCCCGAAGGAACUGAGUCUCCCCAGAAGAGGCAGCUUAAUCUGGCCCACGGCACACUACCGCUGCCACAGCAGCGAUGUCCUGCAGCACCUCCUUUCUCCCUCGUCCCUGGGUCCCAGUCCCCAGUACCUCCACGUCCCGGCUAGCGCAGAGGCACCCGUGUCCACCUCUCCCCUGGGCUUCCUCCCGGGCCAGCUGAACCUCUUCAGCCCCCUGAGCCUGGCUGUAGGCAACCCUUUCCAUUGGAGCUGUCGGACCAGCAACAGGAAGAGCCUCAUAGUGACAUCGGGCACCUCGCCAACGUUACCCAGACCACAUUCCCCACUCCACGGACACACAGGAAGCAGCCCUCUGGACAGCCCCAGGAACUUCUCCCCGAAUGCUGCUGCUCACUUCUCCUUUGUCCCAGCGCGCAGCCACGGGCACAGGGCUGACAGGACGGAUGGUCGCCGCUGGUCCCUGGCCUCCCUCCCCUCCUCAGGAUAUGGAACCAACACUCCCAGCUCUACGGUAUCGUCAUCCUGUUCAUCCCAGGAGAAGCUGCACCAGCUGCCAUACCAGCCCACCCCAGAUGAGCUGCACUUCCUCACUAAGCACUUCAGCUCUGAGAGCAUCACUGACGAGGAGGGGCGGAGAUCCCCCUCCAUGCGCCCCCGCUCCCGCAGCCUCAGCCCCGGGCGGUCCCCCAUCUCUUUCGACCAUGAGAUCGUAAUGAUGAACCAUGUGUACAAAGAGAGGUUCCCGAAGGCGACGGCACAGAUGGAGGAGCGUCUGGCAGAUUUCAUCUCCUCCUGCGCCCCUGAGAAGGUGAUGCCCCUGGCCGAUGGGGUCCUGAGCUUCAUCCACCACCAGGUGAUCGAGCUGUCCCGGGACUGCCUGGACAAGUCCCGCGAGGGCCUCAUCACCUCACGCUACUUCUACGAGCUGCAGGAGAACCUGGAGAAGCUGCUUCAGGAUGCCCAUGAGCGCUCAGAAAGCCGGGAGGUCGCCUUCGUCACCCAGCUGGUGAGGAAGCUGAUGAUCGUCAUUGCCAGGCCGGCCCGGCUGCUCGAGUGCCUGGAGUUUGAUCCGGAGGAGUUCUAUCAUCUGUUGGAAGCCGCCGAGGGCCAUGCCAAAGAAGGGCAGGGAAUCAAGUCGGACAUUCCCCGCUACAUCAUCAGCCAACUGGGGCUUACCAGGGAUCCCCUGGAGGAAAUGGCCCAGCUGAGUAGCUAUGACAGUGGCAACCCUGACACCCCUGAAACUGACGACUCUGUGGAUAGCUGUGGAACUGUGAUGCAGAGGAAGAAACCCCCCUGCGAGGAGGACUUUGAGAACAUCAAGCUCAUCAGCAACGGAGCCUAUGGCGCGGUGUACCUGGUCCGGCACAAGGAGACCCGGCAGCGCUUUGCCAUGAAGAAGAUCAACAAGCAGAACUUGAUCUUGAGGAACCAGAUCCAGCAGGCCUUCGUGGAGCGAGACAUCCUGACCUUCGCAGAGAACCCCUUUGUGGUCAGCAUGUUCUGCUCCUUCGAGACCAAGCGCCACCUCUGCAUGGUCAUGGAGUACGUGGAAGGUGGUGACUGUGCCACUCUGCUGAAGAACAUUGGGGCCCUGCCUGUUGACAUGACGCGCAUGUACUUUGCUGAAACGGUGCUUGCCCUCGAGUAUCUUCACAACUACGGCAUCGUUCACCGGGACCUCAAACCUGACAAUUUGCUGAUCACCUCGAUGGGACACGUCAAGCUCACUGAUUUCGGGCUCUCGAAGAUCGGGCUUAUGAGUCUCACCACCAACCUGUACGAGGGGCACAUUGAAAAGGAUGCCAGGGAGUUCCUGGACAAGCAGGUGUGCGGCACCCCUGAGUACAUCGCCCCGGAGGUGAUCCUGCGGCAGGGCUACGGGAAGCCGGUGGACUGGUGGGCGAUGGGGGUCAUCCUCUACGAGUUCCUGGUGGGCUGUGCGCCCUUCUUCGGAGACACACCAGAGGAGCUGUUUGGACAAGUCAUCAGUGAUGAAAUCAUCUGGCCUGAAGAAGAGGAUGCACUGCCCCCUGAAGCAGAGGAUCUCAUCUCCAAGCUCCUCAGGCAAAACCCUAUGGACAGGCUGGGAACAGGCAGUGCGUUUGAGGUGAAGCAGCACCGUUUCUUCUCUGACCUCGACUGGAACAGUUUACUGCGGCAGAAGGCAGAGUUUAUCCCCCAGCUGGAGUCGGAGGACGACACCAGCUACUUUGACACUCGCUCUGAUCGCUACCACCACGUGGACUCAGAAGAGGAGGAGGACACGAAUGAUGAAGAGCAUGUAGAAAUGCGUCAGUUCUCCUCCUGUUCCCCUCGCUUCAGCAAGGUGUACAGCAGCAUGGAGCGCCUGUCCCUUCACGAGGAUAAGAAGACCCCGCCUCCCACCAAGCGCAGCCUGAGCGAGGAGGGCACUGGCAAGAUGGACAGCCUGAGUGGGCUCAAGUCCCGGGACCGCAGCUGGAUGGUGGGCUCGCCUGAAAUCCUGCGGAAGCGCCUGUCCGUGUCGGAGUCCUCGCACACGGAGAGCGACUCCAGCCCCCCGCUGACGGUGCGCCGCCGCUGCUGCUCCGCCAUCAUCGAGAUGCCACGCUUCGCCAUCUCCACCGAGGACGAGAGCUCCAGGAAGGGCCCCCCUGCCAGCUGGGGUCCCCGAGGGGAGGAGCUCCCCCUCACCAUUCCCGAGCAGCCCCUGGAGAGAGAGCUGCGGCUGGAUGAGUCCCCCACCACCCCCGGCUCCACCAGAACCCUGGGCAAGAGCACGCUGACACUUGGCAGCUCCAAUGAACUCUCUGAGCGCUCUUCGCGGUGCAACAGCACUGAAGUUUCGGACAACGCCACACCCAAGGCCAUCAGCGACCUGGCAGCCCGGCGCGCGCGGCACAGACUGCUCUCCGGGGAGUCGCUGGAGAAACGCACCUCGCGGCCGCUUAGCAAGGUCAUCAAGUCAGCCUCCGCCACCACGCUGUCCCUCAUGAUCCCGUCCGAUCACUACAGUGGCUCCCCUCUGGCCAGCCCGAUGUCACCCCAUUCCCUCUCGUCAAACCCGUCCUCGCGAGACUCAUCCCCCAGCCGCGACUACUCGCCCGCCAUCAGCAGCGUCAAGCCUGCGAUCGUGAUCCACCGCGCGGGCAAAAAGUACGGCUUCACGCUGCGGGCCAUCCGUGUCUACAUGGGGGACACAGACGUCUACACAGUGCACCACAUGGUCUGGCAUGUUGAAGAGGGCGCUCCAGCACACAAUGCUGGUCUGCGGGAGGGUGAUCUGAUCACUCACGUCAACGGGGAGCCGGUGCACGGCCUGGUCCACACAGAGGUGGUGGAGCUCAUCCUCAAGAGCGGCAACAAGGUGUCCAUCUUGGCCACUCCCUUCGAGAACACGUCCAUCAAAGUGGGUCCGGCGCGCAAAGCCAGCUACAAGUCCAAGAUGGCCCGGAGGAACAAGAAGACGAAAACUAAAGAAGGUCAAGAGAGUAAAAAGAGGAGCUCCCUUUUCAGGAAGAUCACGAAGCAGGCGUCCCUGCUGCACACGAGCCGCAGCCUGUCCUCCCUGAACCGCUCGCUGUCGUCCGGGGAGAGUGUCCCGGGCUCCCCCACCCACAACCUGUCCCCUCGCUCCCCCACGCAGGGCUACCGAUCCACCCUCGACUCGGCACACUCCGUUGGCGGCAACUCUUCCCAGAGCAGUUCUCCCAGCUCCAGCGUCCCGAACUCUCCAGCCAGCUCCGGCCACAUCCGGCCCAGCUCCCUGCAUGGCCUGGCCCCCAAGCUGCAGCGCCAGUACCGCUCCCCUCGCCGCAAAUCUGCAGGAAACAUUCCGCUGUCCCCCCUGGCCCGGACCCCCUCCCCGACGCCCCAGUCCACCUCACCACAGCGCUCCCCCUCCCCCCUGUCCGGUCACUCUCUGGGCAGCUCUAGCGUCACCCAGUCCUUUCCGGUCAAACUGCACUCUUCUCCCCCUCUCGUCCGCCAGAUCUCCCGGCCCAAAAGCGGCGAGCCCCCUCGCUCCCCUCUGCUCAAGAGGGUGCAGUCUGCGGAGAAGCUGGCCUCCUCCCUCUCCUCCUCUUCCUCCCCCUCCCCCUCCUCCUCCUCCUCCUUGGACAAGAAGCUGGCCUCCUCCCGCAAGCACAGCCUGGACAUCUCGCACUCUGAGUUCAAGAAGGAGAUGAUGCAGCGGGACCCCAGCCUCCAGAGUCUGCAGGAGUCGGCCAGCGAGACCCUCCUGGGCAGCAGAAAGGCCCCCGUCGAGAAGGGGAUGCUGCAGAAGCCGUCGGCCCGCAAGCUGGGCCGCCAGGAGCCGCCCGAGGGGGCAGGAGCUGCCGCAAGCAACAGCAAACUGAAGGACAAGCUGUCGGCGAUCCGGCAGGACCGCGCAGAGAGGCGGGAGUCUUUGCAGAAGCAGGAGGCCAUCCACGAGGUGGACUCCUCCGAGGACGAGACGGAUGAGGGCUCUGAGGACAGCCAGGACGGGAGGAGGCUGAAGCACAGGAUUGAAACAGGGCGCAAGGACUCUGCCGACGAGGACCCCUUCCUGCCACCUGAGCCCUAUGUGAAAACAAUGCUGGUCCAGCCACCCAAGAGCAGUGCAGCAGCAGCAGCAUUAUCCUCAUCACCUCCGGCAAGCCAGCUGCAGUGUGCAGGACAGACGAUCAGACCAUCAGAUAAACUGGAGCCUUCGUCUACCAGCUCUGUUAAAGCAACCGAAGCACAACAGAAAUCACUUCAGACCACAACCCCCACAGCGGAGGUUCCUAAAGACAUAUCCAGGCUCGCCGGCCCAGCGGCUCGGAUCCAUCAAGGCAUCCAGACAGCUGCUCCUGGGAAAUUGUCUGCGUCUGGGAUUCAGAGUGCUUUUACACCACUGAAGGAUGCUUUUCUAAAGUCGGCCCCGGGUAUCUGCACUCUGGCCCCUGCAGCUACGGCUAGUGAGUCUCUGACUGUGACUUCAAAAGACACUAAAUGCACUCCAAAGCAGGUCCCAGAAAACAAAGAAAAGAGCAGCAGCCUUUCGGGGAGAAUCAGCGACAAGUCCCUGAAGCCCAGCCAUGCCCUGGAAGUCAAGCCACUCACUCCUGCCGUAGACUGCCAAGCCAGCCCUGCCCCAGCUGAGGGCAUCUGCAAGGAGAAGAAGGAAGGGGACAAUAAGAGGAACCAUGCCAUCGCUGCAUCGACUGCUCCUGUUCCAGCUAGCACCACUGACAAGAUAACGCCACUCGUGUCCCAGCUAGCCACGGUGGCCAAAAGUGUGCUCGGACCGGUCAAGCUGAGCAUCCCUGGAGCGAAGGAGGCUUUUGAAAAAGCCAGAGAGAUGCAGCCGGAAGACUGCCUCAACACAAAGGGAAAGGAGCAGGGGAAAGCCAAGCAGGAGCAGGACAGGCUUGAUGCGCUCAAGACGUCUACUUCGGCGGGACAGGCGUCGUCCUCCAAGCAGACAAGCCCUCUGCUCCCACUGGUGUCCGAGUCUGCACCCAGAGAGCCUGCACUGAAAACUGAAAUGGGUCCCAUGAAGACCCCGGGAGACAGGAGGAAAACCAUGUCGGUUAAAGAAUGUGCCCAGGUGAUGUGCGGUAAAACGGCUGGUAGCGCCCCCUACCAGCAGGUCAGUUGCAGUGCCCUACGUAAGGAAGUCCCCCAGACAGUGAGACAGUCAGAGACGGGGGACCAAAAGAGAGGACAGGAAUUGCAGGUGUUGCAGAAAGCAGCUGCAACAGCAGCAACGUCGACGACGACACAAGACAAAGUUUACAGGAAAACGUAGCAGCAUCGCCGGAGGAGAAACUCGCACUCCAGCUUCCAAUAACAAAAUAAAGACUGCAUGUUUAAAAACUUUAUACGAAACACGAAUCACAAACAAACAAAGGAAAUCCAGAUACAGAAUUAGGGUUUUUUUGUACAUUUUUUUCAUACACAGUUAGCUUUUUUUUGUAAAUGACGGGGCAAGAAAUAAACAGCUUCAAUUAAACGUUCAGAGAGUAGCUCUAUUUUUUUUUUUGGCUCACCACUACCAAGUUUCAGUCUGAGCCCGCAGUUGUUUUCUUGCUAAUGGAACAGGUUGUGCCUUAAUGAAUACAAUCUUUCAGAAACAUCUGCAUGACUUGGAUGAAAGAAGAUUGAGAAUUCGAGCUAUUAAAGUAGCCGAUGCAUAACGCUAUCUAUAAAAUACAUUUCAGACCUGUUCAAAGCAAUGCCUUUCUGUCAUUCAUGCUCCAUUCGUUUCCAGCAGAAACACUCCUUUUACAAUACAGCAUUGCAAGACUUAACUCCAGCAAAGUGGAUGUUUUUUAGAUCUAUUUUAUAUCAUGAACACUAAAAAAAAAAAAAAAAAAAAAAAAAAGCAGACAGCGUCAGGAGGCAUGUUCAGUAGUCCCGUACUGCUCCGUGCUGAUCGCAUGCCUUGCCCUGGUAGAGGUGCCCUUGCUAACCAUGUACAAGCUGUCUAACCUGUCCUGACCGAUGCACACACGCGAACAUUAUGCUGGUCUACUCUGUAACACAGUGGAGAAUCAGAUGAUUAAAUACAAACGUCUGAGUGGGAGGUAGAGGAAGGCGUCUGUGAGAUUCCUGUGUUGGUUGUCAUUUCAGCAGUCAAGGUGCUGGAAGAGUACCUUCGCUCCUUGAACAACUGCAAGGGCCAGAUGAUGCAGCAGCCAGCCAGCCAGCGGACUGCUGAUGAAGCAGCUCUGCAAAAGGGACGCGAUACAAAAUAAAGGACAUCAAACAAGACCAAUGGUUAUUUCUAGCCCUGCUGCUUUUUUUUUUUUUUUCCCCAGUUUCGUUUAUUAAAUUUAUUAAAAUAUAUAUAUGUUUUUUUUUUUGGACCAACCUAAUGUUUUUUUCCACAGCUGUCAAACUUCCCUGUGAGUGUGUGUAAUUGUUGUGUAGUGUGUGAUUUGUGUGUAAAGCAAGUUUGCAUACACUGUGACUCUCUACCAGGCUGCCCUUGAAUGUGAAACAUUGUGACAAUAUCAUCUUUUAAUACGUGGGGAGGGACCUCUGUCUCAACAGGACUGUACCUUCAUGAGAUGUAGUAUUGCUGUGCACAGUUAGGAGGUGUUGUACGGUCAGGGUUAGAAUAGUAUGGAAAAUUCAGAAUCCCUCAUUAAAUUAAACAGACCAGUCUGUCCUGUUACACAGAAGGGAGUCAGUCAAGAAAACAAAGUAGCAUUGAGAUUCGUCAUUACUAAACCCAAUCCAAGGCUGCUCACGCAUUCACCAUGACAUUUGCGCUAUCUCAGUUUGCCUACUGACAGAUAGCCAUGUCACUCUGUGUUGUAUGUGCCAGCAUUGAAGGAAAUAUUUUCAAAGAGGGCAUUUAAAAAAAAUAAUUAAGAAAUGUGGCAAAGGCACGUACCCACACCAGGUGUGUGCUUUUACCAUUGGGUAAUGUUUCACAGAUCUGCUUUAGGACCUGGAUUUGUAGAAACACUUGCACCUCAACCAGCCUUAGUUUAAGUUUGCACUAACAACAAAAAGACUCUCUGGGAUAAUACAGGUUUCCUGAAGCGCUCAGAAAAGGGUUACGACUUUUACUGUAACGUCGCGUUUUCAUCUUCCACUGCCUUCUAUUGUGUAUCUAAAUAAAGCUACGGAGUCUCUGGUUCUCUCUGAUGUUUUAGACACUUUAAAAAAAAAACAAAAAAACAUCACUUCUGAAAAGGCUUAGGCUUAGCUUUGACGUGCCACUGCCAUGGCAGGCUCAGCGAGUGCAAUCGGGAAUGCAGCGUGCCACGAACACUGGAAAAGAUCCCUCUGUAUCAGUCUGCAAAUGGGGUGCGUUCCGCCACUCAGUUCCUUUUGAGAGAUGCCCAUGCAGUGGCCUGCUUGUUAAAGGUGAAAGAUAGCAAGAGAUGUCCUUUCCUGCCUUGCAAAUAAAUAAAUCAAGCUGUGAGGCUAAAGCAGCCUUUUUAAAUGUUUACACAUCGAUACAGCAGGAUUAAUAAGCAGUGCUCCAUAGGAAAAAUUACAGGACAAGUUCAAUGAAGGGUCUAGUUCAAUAAUUGAGAGCUCAUUUGGAAUGAAAACCAGCAGACACGGGGUCCCCAGGACCAGGGCUGGGAACCACUGCUCCAGCUAGCUAAUGCAUUUCUAAAGUCGGGGUUCAAUUUGAAAUCGUUCUGUUUAGUUUUUUUCGUAUGGUGCAUUGUUUGUAAAUGACCCUCUGUUUAAAAGAAGACAUGUUUCUGUAGACUGUACAUAUUGUGACCCAGUCUUUCUUCCUUCUUCUCUGGAUUAUACUGUGUGACAGUAUGGUACGACAGCAUUGCCGAUAACCAGGGAUCAUCAUUUACUGCUUUAGCUAAUCUCAUGUCAUUUAUUACAAUUCCACGUGGUACUCCACCCUAAACCAUUUGUGUAGAAAACUGAUUUGAUUUGAUGUGAAAGAGGAGCUUUCCACCUUGGUGUCCACCUGGCCAUGUUGGUCUCUGAAUUGCCAUCUUAGUAAUCCUCCAGCAACCACAUGCAUCUAAAUGAAAAACCUGUUCAUCGUCGUUGGGGGGUGGGGGGGUUAUAGUUUUGGACUUCAUCCAAGCGUUAAACAUUUAAAAUCAUAAACGUUUUAACCGUAUUUAAAAAAUAAUUCUUGUCAAGUUCUAGGUGUUAGGCAAAGUGUUUUAUACAGUUUGCAAGGAUGAUUUUAUUUCAUAUUCAAUAUUUAUUCAUUGGGUUUUCAUGCUGUACAUAGUCUUAUGAACAUGAAUGGGUAAAGCAAUUCAUAAUAAUAAAACUAAACUAAAUGUGUCAGGCAGUCAUGUGGAGGGUUUUAUGACUGGUAACAGGAAUUUCAGAUAUGUCUGUUCUUAAAGUUUAAACGUUAAACAGGACGGGGCACCCCUGAUUGGCAUUGCAAGAGUCUUGAUCGCUGCUGUGGAUCAAAGUUGGAACUUUGAAUGGGAACUUGUGUGUGUCCAGCUAUCACCAGUGGACCAAAACCAACCGGUGACCUCUCGCCUCUCUGCCUCUGUCUGCUUCCUGGUUCACUUGGCCAUCUAAUCACUGUGUGUGUUUUGUGUGUGUGUGUUUUUGAUUUUUGACGGUUAGUUUGGUCUUCACCUCAAUAUUACACCACACACAUUCCUAGAGGGUGCCUGUGUGUUUUUAACUGACUGGAUCUAAAUAAACAGAGAUGCUAUUUAUUGUAUAUAUAUAGAUGUGUGUCUACUCUUAGCAGUGCUGGGUGUUUGGUAGAAACUGGUGCCACAGGGUGUUUAGCAGUAAGGAAGGGUUGUGUGAAUGUUUGGAUAUGAAGAGUGCGAAGAAUUGAAAUUUUCUUUUUUUGUGGUUUUUUUCUUUUUGUUUUUUGGGGAGGAACUUGAAGUCGCUACAGUAAACCAGUGCAAUAAUUAUUAUUAUUUUAAAUGUUGUAACCGCAUGUUGAUGUUAAACCCUCCUUCUCAAUAAUAAAGUUCAUUUUUUAUGUAAAAA